CCGGGUAAUUUGGAUUUUGGAGGUCCAAAAGCCAAAGUACAAAACAAAAACACCAAUGGCUCGGCUCACAUGGCCUCGUCGCCCUAACAAUAUAGGGUGCUAAUGUGCUAUAAUAGUAGCCCAGCUAGCUUCGCUUCCCAUCAUUUAUAUCCCCUCCUCCUCUUCUUCCUCAUCAUUCACACUUCACGCCCUUAAUUCCUUCUUCGUCUUCAUCUUCGUCUUCACUGUUAUUUGAAUUGUGCUGUAAAAUACCGUGUUGGAUUCUGAGAAUGGUGAGUUCAUUGGAUAGCGGGUGUUCGAACAUGAGGUCGAGAAGGAGGCGGCCGAGUGCGGUGGGGGGAAGACGACUUCGUGUUGGCGGUGGAGGGAGGACGUCGAGGACUGUGAGAGUGAAGGUGAAGAAGCUGCAAAUGCUGAUUCCGGGAGGGAGAGGGUUGGAGGCGGAGAGGCUGUUUCGCCACACGGCGGAUUACAUAAUGUAUUUGAGGUUGCAAGUCGAUGUUUUGCAAGCGCUUUCCAAGAUUUACAAGCUGUGAGAUAGUGUUAAUCACCAUGCGCCUAUUAGUCUCCAAUCUUAUUUUCAUGUAAUGUUUAUUUUUUAUUUUUCGAUCUCCUGCUAUAUAUAUGGAGCUAAUAUAUGAUAUGUAAGGUCGAUCGCUGUUAAAUUAAAUCCCACUGGUAAUGUUCAUCAA